GGGCCGCAGUGGCUGGUGACAGCGGCGGGGGGGGGGGGCGGGGAGCAGCCCGCGAGCCGGCGAGUGUCGGGGGCGCCGCAGGGGAAGAGCCGCCACCCCGGGGAUCGCAGCGCCCGCCUGCCCCCGCCAUGUCGGACUUCGACAGCAACCCCUUCGCCGACCCGGACCUCAACAACCCCUUCAAGGAUCCUUCUGUUACACAAGUGACAAGAAAUGUUCCUCCAGGGCUAGAUGAGUACAAUCCUUUCUCUGAUUCAAGAACACCUCCUCCAGGAAAUGUGAAAAUGCCUAAUGUACCUAGUACCCAGCCAGCAAUAAUGAAACCAACAGAAGAACCACCUGCUUACACACAGAUUGCGAAGGAGCAUGCCUUGGCCCAGGCAGAACUGCUAAAGCGUCAAGAAGAACUGGAAAGAAAAGCAGCUGAACUAGAUCGCAGAGAAAGAGAAAUGCAGAGUCUCAAUCAGCAGGGGGGUAGAAAAAAUAACUGGCCACCUCUUCCUGAAAAUUUUCCAGUAGGUCCUUGUUUCUACCAGGACUUUUCUGUAGACAUUCCUGUAGAAUUCCAGAAGACAGUAAAGAUUAUGUACUAUUUGUGGAUGUUCCAUACAGUGACACUGUUUCUUAAUAUCUUUGGAUGUUUGGCCUGGUUUUACGUUGAUGCUACUCGAGGGGUUGAUUUUGGAUUGAGUAUUCUCUGGUUCUUGCUUUUUACCCCUUGUUCUUUUGUCUGCUGGUACAGACCACUUUAUGGAGCUUUCAGGAGUGACAGUUCAUUCAGGUUCUUUGUGUUCUUCUUUGUAUAUAUCUGUCAGUUUGCUGUACAUGUACUUCAAGCUGCAGGAUUUCAAAGAUGGGGAAACUGUGGGUGGAUUUCAUCUCUUACUGGUCUUAAUAAGAGUAUUCCUGUUGGCAUUAUGAUGAUAAUCAUAGCUGCACUUUUCACAGCAUCUGCUGUUAUCUCAUUAGUUAUGUUUAAAAAGGUGCAUGGUCUCUACCGCACGACUGGUGCUAGUUUUGAGAAGGCACAGCAGGAGUUUGCAACAGGAGUGAUGUCCAACAAAACUGUACAAACUGCUGCAGCCAACGCCGCAUCAACAGCAGCAACCAGUGCAGCUCAAAAUGCAUUCAAGGGUAACCGAAUGUAGGGAAACAAAAAGUCAGCGCAGUUCUCUUCGAUCCAGUCACUUAUUUUGUUCCCUAAAAGCCUAGAUCAAAAUUCACACAGCAUGUUUGUCUUUUCUGCAGCUGUGCAUGGGUAAAAUGGGAAAUGUUUGGUUAUUCGAUUAGAAAUUUAUUUAUUUUAUGAAGAUAACCAUUCUUCGCCCUUCUUUAAGAUGUUGCGUUCUAGAAUAUAAAGCCUUCCAUAUUUUAUGGGGGAUAAAUGAUUUCAGUAAUUGGCCUGAUAAUUAAUUAUGUAAUGAUCAAAUAAAUGUAUUAAGAAUUUGGAAGGUUUUUUAGCAGUUCACUCUGGUAUUUUACUUUUUUUUAACUUCAGAAAAGCACUUUGAAUCAAUUAUUUUUCUUUGUAAGAAUUGUUUUCACUGUUUCUACUAUAAGAAGUGGGGUAGACUGAGAUGCAGAAAGUUAGGUUUGGCUACUGCUUUUGCAAUUUCAGCAGCUGCUGGAGGACAAAUACAGGUAGGGUAGAUACUAUAAGUUCUUUUCUUGGGUGUUUUUUUAGGAUAAGUCUUUUGAUAUAAACCUGUAAGUUUGCAUGAAUACUGUUAUUUGAUCUUGUUUAAAUAGUGUUUUGGUCCAGAAUUUACCUGCGCCACUUUGUAAUAAUAGCAUUUGUUUCUAUCUGUUUUCAUGGAGUAUUCUCUACUUGUGAGAAAUCACUAUGGUGCAUAAGCAUUCUCUGUAAUGGAAUGUGUAAUGCAGUGUACAGCUGAAGGAAGUUAACUGAUGGUUUCAGUCAUGGAGCUGAAUGAUUAUAUAUUUACUAUUUUUAAUUCAGUAUUCAUGUCUUGGGGUAAUAAUUUUGCUGGAAAAGAAACCAGCAUUGACUUUUAGCACCCUAGUUUCUUGCCUCCCUCCCCUCUUCGACAUGCAGUAGUAUUUUUGUUGUAUUUGGGAUUUUGGGGGGGUUGUUUUUGGUUUUGGGUGGGUUUUGUUUUUUUUUUUUAAGUGUAGAUUUGUGUUUACCAGUGAUACUGAAUCUCUAGCCUAGUCAGUCACUCAGUUUGCUGCUUGUCCAGAAAUCUGAAUAUACAGUAUUUAAUUUUCUAACAGGAAUACUAUCUAAACUAUUGUCUAAACCCAAGCUUUAUAAGCAAUGGCAUUUACCAGAUACUUGAAUUCAUUUUCACAUUAACUCAGCCAUUUCUGUGAUGUGACUUAAGCUGGGGAAAAAAGCUUUUAAACUCUUUUGGUUGGAAAAGUGAGAAACCUUAAUCUUUUAACAAUGUUAAUUUUUAACUCACUGAACUGGAGGCCUAAGAAGUUAAAUUGGUGCUGUGGGACUGAAUAAUCCAUAAUGCUACAUACUAUUGUAAUAUGCUAGAAUAUAAUCAGGCCUUAGUAAAACAUCAUGUUUCUCUCCUUUGAAGACUAUUCUUGGACUGCCUCAUGAGUCUUAUGCACAAUGCUUGGGCUGUUUUUUCAGACUGUUUUCAGAAAUGAAAACAGGAAGGACCACAUCCCACAGCCUGUGUAAGUAUACACUGUGGCUGAAAUUAAUUCAGCUCUUAAAGUGAAUCACCUUUAGUAAAACAGCAUAAAAUUCUGAGGCCCCUCCAUGUUCUGAAUGUGGACUGACUUUCUUUUUCACUACACUAUAGUCAUAAUAGAAGAGCAUUACAAAAAAUACCCCCCCUAGCUUAAUCCUUGAUUCAGUAUUGUUAGUGUUAGCAUGAAGUCCCUAUUAGUCUCCUUCUACUAUUUUUUUUAAAAUCCAACUUGAAUUUGGAUAAGUGUUGUAGUUUCACCUACGCUGAAGUUCAUACUAAUGAAUAUACUUGCUUCUAAAUGUUCUCUGCAUCAUGAAGUUAAAAGCAAUUUAAAUAUUCUCUGUAAUAGGGGAUCUAAAAUUUCUUACUAGUGGCAUUGAACUUAAAUUUGUGUGGAGUGUUAUUAAAAGCUUUCCAGAUAAAAACUACCAUUUUCUGUUGAGAUCAGGCAUCAUCCUUCUAGCAGCUGUAUAUCAAGAUUGUUCUUUUCACAAUCUUUUAGACUUGAGGGUUGUAUCUACAAAUUCUUCUGUGGAUUACUUCUAAAUCUAAAUUUAAGCAAUUCUCUUGGUUAUCUUUUAGAUAGGAAUCCCAGGGACAUCAUCCUUGCAAUUUAACUAAAGUUGAAGAUUGCAUAGUAACAUACUUUACCAGAAUGUAUUAUGGAAAAAAAUGUUAGGAAUAAAAUCUGAAUAUGGCAGGCAGAUUUUCUUCCCCAAAUGUUUAAAGGCUCUUUGAGAAAACAUAUUAAAUGUUCUUUGUAUAGGGAGCGUUGAUUUGUAAAGUCAUGGGUUCAAUGUAUGGAUUUAAACCUAAGAGAAGUUCAAGAUUCAGUUACAUGUGAAUUGUUCAAAUCAGAAAUCUCUGACACUUUGCAGCCGAAAAAGGAGGGAGAAGUUUGAGUUUAGCUUUGACAACAGAAGGCUGAUAUUUGUUAAAAUAUUUUGUACCUAACAACUACUAGAUUUUACAGUCUGUUAUCAAUUAAUUAGAGUAUGGCGCCCACUUAAGUUGUCAUUUUGUAGUAUUGUGACAAACUGAGUACAAAGUAUGAAGUUAAAACACUGGAUUGUCAGUAGUCAUUGUAAUUUAGGAGUUGGCUUUAUUUAUCUGAGGGAAAUGUUUGUAUAUUUUGUAAAUUACUAACAAUGCUCUGCCAUCCUGGUGAAUGUCAUGGUUCUGUACAAAUGCACUUCUGUCCCUCUGUUGCAUGUCCAAGUAGUUCAGAAGGUUUGUAUAUUUAUUGUAUUAACACAGUGUCAUAGAAUAAAAAAAGACUCUUUUCCUGGGUGUUUUCUCUGUAUAGUUUUGACCAACAUGGGGAUUCUUCUUCUAACAGGGUAUAUGUGCAGGGCAGAUGAUCUGUGUAAAAGUCUUACUUGGUUUUUAUAAAUCUGUAUAUAAAUGCUGUAAUUCUGCUGAAAUGGGGAAGCAAAAUGUCAACUGUCAAAAUAAUACAUUAGGGUAUUGAGAAUUAGUCUACUCAACUGUUACGAAGAAAAUUCUUGAACACUUUCAGCCCACUUCCUUGUGCUGUAAACUCACGAGUUAAAAUCUAAAGAUGUUCUAUCAUUACUGAAUGAAAUUCUACAGGUAUUAAGUGAAUCUUAAAACACUGCUGAAAGUAAAAUGAAGUUGCUGAAAAUA